AUGGGAAGAACCAAAGUUUCCACUCUUUUCUCUUCCAAUAACAACCAUCACUACACUCUUCCUCUUUCCAACACCAUUAACCAAACUCUUGUCAACAAACCCUAUUCACACAAAGAUUCUUUUCCCUUUUCUCUCUUCAAAUUUUUUCAACGCUUUAUCUACACAAGAAAAGUUGAUGGAGGAUCACGAACUGAGGAAGAAGAGAAAGUUUACUCUUGGUUAUACACCUUGGCUCAGUCUGAGAAAAACAUGGUCUUUGAGUAUGUUAGGUCAACUGAAAGAGGCUUAAGUUUUACGGAAGCUGAGAGGAGGCUGCGGGAAAACGGACCAAAUGUUCCACUUGAGUAUUCUUUUCCAAACUCGUGGCAUCUUCUAUGGAACGCUCUUUUUCAUCCUUUCAAUAUGAUUCUGAUUGUAUUAUCUUCAAUGUCAUUCAUUGCGCGUGACUAUCCAAACGGGUUCAUCAUGUUCAUUUUGCUUUUUAUCAGUGUCAUCAUUCGCUUCUGUCUGGAACACAAAAGCUCAAGAGCAGCAAUGAAGCUUUCAGAAUUUUUAAGCUGUCCUAUAAGAGUUCAAAGAUGUGCCGGUAGAAUUGAGCAGAAAGAAUUGACAGUUCAAGUUGAUCACAAGGAUGUGGUUCCAGGGGACAUUGUGAUUUUUGAACCUGGCGACCUCUUUCCUGGAGAUGUCAGGCUGUUAUCGUCAAAACACCUUGUUGUAAGCCAGGCCUCACUAACUGGGGAAUCUAUGACAACUGAUAAAACUGCUGAUGUUAGAGAAGACCACAUCACUCCUUUACUAGAUUUAAAGAACAUUUGUUUUAUGGGAACAAAUGUGGUAUCAGGUACUGGAACAGGUUUAGUUAUUUCAACUGGAUCCAAUACUUACAUGAGCACCAUGUUUUCAAAAAUUGGGAAGAAGAAGCCACCCGAUGACUUUGAAAAGGGUCUCAGAUGGAUAUUUUACAUGCUUAUUUCUGUUAUGGUAGUAGUUGUUACAAUUAUGUUUGUGACAGAUUACACUGCGUCUAAUGAUUUGAGCAAGAGUAUUCUCUUUGCCAUCUCAGUUGCAUCUGCCCUCAAUCCUCAGAUGCUUCCCCUCAUCAUUAACACAUGCCUUGCGAAAGGAGCCCUUGCUAUGGCUAAAGACCGAUGUAUUGUAAAAAGUCUAACAACCAUACGCGAGAUGGGAUCAAUGGAUAUCCUUUGUAUUGACAAGACAGGCAGCCUUACAUUGAAUCAUGCUAUUUUGGUUAAUCAUCUCGACUGUAGGGGUUUACCUCGAGAAAAAGUUCUACGCUACGCCUUCCUCAACGCUUACUUCAAGACUGAGCAAAAGUAUCCUCUAGAUGAUGCAAUUCUAGCACAUGUAUAUUCAAAUGGAUUCAAGUUUCAGCCGUCUAAGUGGAAGAAGAUCAAUGAGAUUCCUUUUGACUUCAUAAGAAGAAGAGUAUCUGUCAUGUUAGAAACAGACGACAGGCACUCACAGUUCUUUGGCAGGUUCAUGGUUACAAAAGGAGCAUUGUUGGAAGUUAUAAAAGUUUGUUCUUUUAUUGAGAAUUUUGAUAAAGAUGAAAUUUCUACAUUCUCCUCAGAUGACUAUCAGAGGAUUUUAAAUCUAUCAGAAGAAUUGAGCAAUGAGGGGUUAAGGGUUAUAGCAGUAGCUAUUAAGAAGCUUGAAAUGCAGCAAACUUGCGAAACAAGUAAUGGAAGCAAGAGAGGCAACAGUGAUUUCGAAAGAGACAUGAUACUCCUUGGCAUUAUAACGUUUUUUGACCCGCCUAAGGACUCAGCAAAGCAAGCACUUUGGUGUUUAGCCGAGAAGGGUGUGAAAGCAAAGGUUUUAACAGGUGACUCACUUUCAUUAACCACAAGAGUAUGCAAAGAAGUUGGCAUAAGUACGGCUCAUGUUAUAACAGGACCCGAGCUAGAAGAACUUGAUCAAGACACUUUCCACGAGACCGUUAAAAGAGCAACAGUGCUAGCUCGUCUCACGCCAACGCAGAAACUCCGAGUCGUUCAGUCCUUGCAGACAAUAGGAAACCAUGUUGUAGGAUUCUUGGGAGACGGUGUGAAUGAUUCACUAGCAUUGGAUGCUGCCCAUGUAAGCAUUUCUGUGGACUCGGGUGUACCCAUUGCCAAAGACAUGGCAGAUAUAAUCUUACUAGAGAAAGAUCUUAAUGUGCUCGUCGCGGGCGUUGAGCACGGCCGUCUCACCUUCGGCAACACAAUGAAAUAUAUAAAGAUGUCAGUUAUUGCUAACUUAGGUAGUAUCAUUUCACUUCUUAUAGCAACAUUGUUCCUCAAACGUGAGCCAUUGACUUCUAGACAGCUUCUUACGCAAAAUUUCAUCUACAGUCUCGGACAAAUCGUUAUCCCUUGGGACAAAAUGGACGAAGAAUAUUUGAAAACUCCUCAUAAGUGGUCGGAACGAGGGUUACCAGUGUUCAUAUUAUGGAAUGGACCAGUUUUCACUUUUUGUGAUGUUGCAACACUUCUGUUUCUUUUGUUCUAUUACAAAGCUUAUGGAGAUGAGAAAUUUUUCCAUACAGCUUGGUUCACUGAGGGUCUUCUCAUGCAUACUCUCAUUGUUCAUUUGAUAAGAACUGAGAAAAUUCCUUUUAUACAAGAUAUUGCAUCUUGGCCUGUGAUUUUCUCCACUCUUGUUAUAUCUGCAAUUGGAAUUGCAAUCCCAUUUACUCCUAUUGGAAAGGUUAUGGAAUUCACAGUUUUACCCCUCUCCUAUUUUGGAUUUUUGUUUGUUAUUUUUCUGGGAUAUUUUACACUUGGUCAGGUUGUUAAGAGACUUUAUAUAUUGAUUUAUAAGAGAUGGCUUUGA